UUGGUCAAAUAGUCACGUGACCGCGUUCUAGCCUAGACAGUAAAUACCAGAGGCUAGCUUAGACUGCUAACAGCUAUUCCCUCCUCACCAUGGACUUCCAGCCGUAGUCCGCGGGAGUACAGCUUCCUCUGAGGGAUGACACCACUUUCUCUGCCGCGGGAGGAGAAAAACAACCAAAAGAACACGGAAGCCCAGGCUGGUUGAUCAAAUCUCCGCUCAGCAUCAGAACUUUUAGCCUCCAGAAGCUAGCGGCUAGCCGCCGCCUGGUGACUAUGCAGGGGGAAACCGCUGCGGUAAACGAGAGCAAGCUGGAUGGGUUCCCCGCAAACAGAACCCCGAGUUCGGGGAGAGCGGGCGGGAAAAGCUGGCAGUACAGCGAUCACAUGGAGAACAUAGACGGGUAUCUGAUGAAAUACACCAACCUGGUGACGGGCUGGCAGUACAGGUUCUUCGUCCUGAACAAUGAAGCGGGUCUGCUGGAGUACUUUGUCAAUGAACAGUCUCGUCCCCAGAAGCCCAGAGGGAUGCUCCCCCUGGCCGGGGCUGUCAUCUCCCCCAGCGAUGAAGACUCGCAUACCUUCACUGUCAACGCCAUCAGCGGAGAGCAGUACAAGCUCAGAGCCAGCGACGCCAAAGAGAGGCAGCACUGGGUCAGCAGGCUGCAGAUCUGCACGCAGCACCAUACAGAGGCCAUGGGGAAGAGUAAUCCCCCUCCCGAUUCCCGCAGCUACUCUGUGGCGUCUCAAAGCAGCGCCGGCUCCCCCAUGUCUCUCCGGCGGCCGAGCCAAAACGCCAACGCCUUGUUCGGCUGGGGGCAGAGCCACAAGGGCUCCAUCUACUCCAGCAAGAAGUCCCUGGUGCCAGACCACCUGCUGGACGCCAGAGAGAUGAUGAGCCAGGCCCAGGGCCAACACAAGGACCUGAUCCAGAGCAUCGAGGGGCUGCCGGCGGCCCCCGGCCUCUCCCCUUUGGACCAGGACCUCCUGAUGCUGAAGGCCACCUCCAUGGCCACCAUGAGCUGCCUGAACGAGUGCCUGCAAAUCCUGCACCUGCAGCAGGUGGCCCGCCAGAGAGCCUCGCUGGGAGGACCCACCAUCGAGUGGCUGGAGCCCAAAGUGCCCGACAUCCUGAAGAACGGCAGCAGCUCUCUGAGCGACUUCACCACGGGGGAGGCCCCGCCGGAGGGGGGGCGCCUGGAGCUCAGCCCCCCUGAGUCUGAGAGCUUCUCUGGGGAGCAGGAGGAGAUCGACCCUGAGGAGGAGGUGGAGGACUCCUUCACAGAUGAGGAGGAGGACCUGGGAGCUGUGGAGGAGGAGCGCAGCGUCAUCCUGCACCUGCUGUCGCAGCUGAAGCUGGGCAUGGACCUCACACGGGUGGUUCUCCCCACCUUCAUCCUGGAGAAGCGCUCGCUGCUGGAAAUGUACUCCGACUUCAUGUCCCACCCAGAGCUUUUCGUCGCCAUCACCGACGGGACCAGCCCCGAAGACCGCAUGGUGCGGUUUGUAGAGUACUACCUCACAUCCUUCCACGAGGGCCGCAAGGGCGCCAUCGCCAAGAAGCCCUACAACCCAAUCAUCGGCGAGACCUUCCGCUGCUCCUGGAGGGUCCCCAGGACGGCGGAGGCCUCCACAGAGCCCCCGCAGGGAGGUCCGGACCCCUCCACCAACUCCCAGGAGCCCUACCAGGUGCGCUUCGUGGCGGAGCAGGUGUCCCAUCAUCCGCCGGUGUCCGGCUUCUACGCAGAGUGCCAGGAGAGGCAGAUGUGUGUGAACACGCACGUGUGGACCAAGAGCAAGUUCAUGGGGAUGUCUAUUGGCGUGUCCAUGAUCGGAGAAGGUUGUUUACAUUUGCUGGAGCACGAUGAAGAGUACACGUUCACGCUGCCCUGCGCCUACGCCCGCUCCAUCCUCACUGUUCCCUGGGUGGAGCUGGGGGGCAAGGUCAACAUCAGCUGCAACAAAUCGGGUUACUCCGCCGUCAUCACCUUCCAGACCAAACCCUUCUAUGGCGGUAAAUUACACAAGGUGACGGCGGAGGUGAAGCACAACCCCACCAAUGCGGUGGUGUGCCGAGUGCAGGGCGAGUGGAACGGCGUGCUGGAGUUCAUUUACACCAGCGGAGAGACGAAGGUGGUGGACGUCACCAAGCUGCCCGUCAUAAGGAAGCGGGUCCGCCCCAUAGAGAAGCAAGCUCCGACCGAGUCCAGGCGACUGUGGCAGCACGUGACGGAGGCCCUCCGGCAGAAGGACAUCGAGAAAGCCACCGAGCACAAACGGGUUCUGGAGGAACGGCAGCGUAGCGAGGCGAGGCACCGCGCCGAGACAGAAACUCCAUGGAGGACCAGAUACUUCGAUCAGGAGGGCGAAGGCUGGGCGUACCGCAAACCUCUCUGGAAAAACUCAGCAUCCAAGUCCUACGUUUCCUGUCUUUAGAAUGGAGGGUUGGAAAUGGCGGGCUGGGAUGUGAAAGCUGCGGCCUGCUGAAGCCGCAUGGGGAGAGUCGGCCUAUCGGGUGACGCCUGAAUUCUCACAGAACAAGGUUACAUCCUGCUGAGCUGGAGGGGGGGGAUUUUAUAACUAAACGCUGAUGAAAACAUAUUCUUGUACAGGUACUUACAGCCUUAAGACGGUUUGGAUGAAUGUUGCUUGGUUUGAGUCUUUUCUUCACCUUCUGCUCUGCUUUCAUAAAAGGAAGACGUUUGUUCCGGAAAUAACCACAGUAGAGCCACCAAGCAUCCAUUUAGUAGGAAAGAUCAGGCCGAGUGUUCGACAGGAGAGUCCGUUUUUAUCUUAAAUUAGACGGAGAAAUUAAAUGAAAGAGGAGGACGUUGGAUAAUAAGGUUGAAUUUAUUUAUUUUUUUUUUACGGGAAAUAAAUGGGAUGAUUAGUUGGUAAAAAUAAAUAUAUGGUUUAUGAAUUUACAUAAAUGACCCUUAAAGUCAUUUUAAAGGUAUUAAUCAAUAUUUAUGACCAGGAAUGACAAAGUUUGGCCUAUAAAUAACCGCUUUAUUCACGAUUUCUACAAGCAGAGCAAUUUGCAGAAAUUUCUUUAUUCUGUGAUUGUUUUCCAUCUACGCAUAUUUAUUUUCUUUGUCUGAAUGUGCAUCUUUAAUCUUAAUUUUUUUCCCCAAUAAAAAUGAUUUUUUUCUUUACCUGCCCCCUCCCCUUAUUCAAUUUUAAAGUUUAUCCUGUCAUAUUAUUUUACUUAAAACGUCAUACUUCGACGUUGUCCAAUCAUCCUAUAUUCUCUCAACCAAGCAUCUUCAAGUGCAAUUUAAUCAUUCUGCAGAUGCGCUACUUUCAAAACCACCUAAAAAGCUUUUGUUAGCAUUGUAAAAUAGUAAAGGACAUCAGUCAAUCACUGGCAACAGAAAACCAAGUAUAUUUCCUGUCUGAAAGAACAAUAUGCUAAAAAGGAAAAAUCCUGAUAACGUUUUUCAAAACUUCUCACAUUUAUUUUGUGUUUCUACGCUUACAUGUGCUUUAAAUCUCUGCAUUUAUUAGCAUUAUAAACACACGAUGAAUGGUUAUUGCACCUUUUUUUUUUUUUUUACUGACACAAUCAUUGAAUUUUCUUUGAUUAUUAAUGCAUCAUGCUAAUUAAUCUUAAUAUUUAUGUACAUGCAACGUUUAACAAGCGGUUACUGGUAUUAGAGCCUGGUAUAAAUAAUAUCCUACUAAUGACAUAGCCCUAAGCAUGUUAUUAACUCGCAGCAAAUAAGCAUUAGCAUUUCACGCCAUUAGGUUUAUUAAUUAUUUAUUACAUGCUUAUUUACCAUUUAUAAAUACUCAACUCCGUUCAAAUGUUUUAUAGUUUGGAUCCAACUUUACACUGUUUUCAAAUGAUCAAGGUUUGCUUCCCCUUAAUAUAUUUAUUUUAGAGGUUAAUAAACAUUUGUUAGCGUUAGUUAACAGUAGUUAGCGUUAAUAUCUGUCCAUCUUAACGUUUAAUAGCAUUAUUUAACAUUUGUUAGCCUUAAUAAACAUGUAAUAAGUAGUUAUUAACACACAAAUAACAUGGUUUAAAUAUAUUGUUUACUCGCAGGUAAUGUUUUGGUGCUGCUGGAUAAUAGAGCAUUUAACACAUGUUUAUGAUGACUUAAAAUGUUUAAAUGACAUUUUUUUUAUCCUAUUCCAUCAGUUAUUAACGGUUUUCUUCGUUUAGCUUUAUUAAAAUGUGCGUACACCCUGGAAGUUUUGAUAAAAGUAAGAAUCUAACCGGAAAGAGCCCGUUCAGGAGGAUGUAUUUACCCCACAGCUGAGACGGCAUGCAGUAGAGUAGAUUUGAUAAAAUAAAUGUGAAUGCAUCUUAAACGUGCUCCCGGAUGUUCUCCUGCAUGGUGAUAAAGUCUCUCCGUCUUUUUAUCGGUUUGCAGAAGCGCUCCUGAACUUUUUGUUUUGUAAUGCGAUGAAUAUUUUCUAUAAACGUGCGCUUCCCUGUGCUUUAAUCGUUCUUAUUUUUAAAGCUGAUAUUUGUAAAAAAGCUUGCUUGGUCUGUCUUUUGUUUUUGUUUGUAAAUUUUCUUACACUGUGAUCGGUUUAGUUUUUCUCCCGGCUGAAGCGGUUUCUCAAAGCAGCGCCCGUCAGAGCCGGGUCAGUCCACUCGGCCAUCGAUAAGCUACUCCCUCUGCAGUCCUGGUGCCUUACAUGACUCUUUCCUGUGCAUCUCUUUCUUCCCCCCCAGAAGGAGCACAGAGUUUUCCACCAUUUAUUUACCUGGAUGAUGCACUGAUGUCUGCUCUGUUUUCUUGUGUUUUCUAUUUUUCUUUUGAAAGAACCAGUGCUUGUAAAUGAAAGGGGGGAGGGGACACUUUUUAUUCCAGGUUUUGACAUUUUGUUUGUCAUGCUAAUUUGUGAAAUGCACUGAUCUUGAUGGAGACCUGAUGUAGAGAAACAGAGGUGUGAGCAUAAUCAAAUAAAAUUGUGUAAAAUGUGUUAA